AUGCAUGUUACUUUGGAAACAUGGAAGGCUGCCGACUGCUUCGUCUCUUCUGAUGAGUCCAUCAAGAGUAAUGAAGGAGAAAAAUGGAUAAAGCAUUAUAGUAGCAGUCAUAAAAUACUGCUGGUGGGUGAGGGUGCUUUCUCUUUUGGUGCUUGCUUAGGCAGAGCUUUUGGUUCUGCUGCCAAUAUGGUGGCCACUUCUCUUGAUUCAAGAGAGAUGUUAAUGCAAAAGUACUCAGGAGCAAUGGCAAACUUGAAAGAACUAGAGGAGCUUGGAUGCACAAUUAUGCAUGAAGUAAAUGUCAAUACCAUGAGCCAACAUGCUUUCCUCAAAUUGGACUCAUUCGACAGGACAGUCUUCAACUUUCCUCAUGCCGGCUUUUUCCAUGGGGAACACAGUACUCAUCAAAUUGAGCUUCACAAAAAUGUGGAAGGUUUCCUGGGGAAUGCAGAUGACAUGUUGACAGACAAUGGAGAAGUUCACAUAUCCCACAAAACUGUUCAUCCAUUCACUAUGUGGGGGAUAGAGAAGCUGACAAAUGAUAUUGGAUUAGGCUUGCUCAAUCAAGAACCAUUUUCGAAAUGGGACUAUCCAGGGUAUCAAAACAAGAGAGGACAUGGAAUUAGAUGCAAUGCCAGUUUCCCUGUUGGACAAUGUUGUACUUUCAUGUUUCAGAAGCAUUCUUGUCUUGUAGCUUCAUUAUCUGAUCUGUUGUCUGAAAAGUAA